AUGACAAAUUCCACAGAUGCUAAGAGUAACCAGAAGGCUAAGCCUAUCAAUGCAAGAAAAACUCGGCUACCAAAAGAACCACCUAGAAAAAAGGCAAAAGAGGUUUUAGAAAAAAAUAAUAGUGAUCAUAAGGUUGACAAUGGACCUAAAACAGCCGCAGAAGAUAAGGUGUCUGUUACUGUCAAAGAAGAAGAGAAUAAAAACAAUAAAAUAGGGACUGUUCCCAAAAAGAAUUCUGAGAGUCCAAAGAAGGGUUCAAAGGCUGUAUUAGAAAAAAAUAGUGAUGAGAAAAAAGUGGGUAGCAGUCCCAAGACUUCUGCAGAGGGAAAAGCUACAGUGGCAACAAAUAAAGGGCAAGCAGGUAGUUGCAAAGCUGGCAGUCCUUUGAAAAGAGAACCUAAAUGUGAUAAAGAAACAAAAGAGAGCAAGACCAAAGAGUCACUCCCGAAUAAUAAUAAUAAUAAUAAUAAUAAUAAUGGUGGGGAGAUGCCAAAGUCUAAAGGUAGAAAGGUCAGUCAGUCACCCAAAGCUGCUGAGAACCAAGACAAAGCAGUUAAGGAGGCCAAAAAGAAAGAGAGCAUCCCAGUUGGUAAAUCAGCCACAGAAGUUGAAAAACCAACUGACAUGAUUAAAGUGAUUGAGAGUAUCAAGGCUGGGGUGAUAGAGUCAAUUGCUAAGGAGGAAGAGGAGAAGAAAAAUGAAGCCAAAGACAGUAGCCAGGCAAAGACAAGUGUGCAGUGUGAGAGUUGCAAGCGCAACUUUUGCAACAAGCAAUCACUUAGCCGACAUAUGAAAAAAUGCCCGGCCAUUGUCAGUGGUGAUCCAGAAGAGGCAGGAUCCAAAAAAGGUUCCACCGAUUCUGUCCAGGCCAAAAAUAUCAAAGACAAUAAGCUUGCAUCUGUGAAAGUGGAGAACAAAUCCUGUGCUUCCGACCAAUUGAAAUCACCUUCUGUGGAAAAUUUAGGUAAGGUUGUUGAACUUGUUCGAGCUGCUGGAACUGGGGCUGCCGCUUCGGCUGUUGCAGCUGCUGCUAUGCCCACACAUCCAACCACACCAACUCCGAGCCUCCCAGAAUUGGCAUGCACUGCUGAAAUGGUCACGGAAAAAGAGACCAAUAAAGAAAAAAAUGAACAAGGUUUGGAUAGCUCUGAAGAUAUUUCGGCCAAGAGCAGCUUAAAGCAUCCAUCUUGUUUGUCAGAAGACAAUGAUAUAGUCAAAGACAAUGCUGAUAUCAGCCUUUCUGUAGAUUCCCAGAAAGAACCUGUCGUGGACUGUGAAGAUUCCAACCAGAUCCACCAGACAAACAACAAAGAAGAAAAUAAGGAUACACAAGCAGAAAAGGAGGGGACUGACGAUAUCAUAGAUGUUAAUGCUGCAGCAGCUGCUGUAGUUGCUGCUCUUGUUGCCAAAAUUGGAACCGAGAUCAGUCUGGAUUCAGCAUCCAAGCCCAAAUCCCACCUUUGCAAGCAGUGUGAUUUUCAGGCUGUGAAACACUCUCUGCUAGCGCGCCAUGUUGAGACCCAUGGCAUUUUCAUGUGCCUGAAGUGCAGCUUUAUUGGUGAAAACAAAGAGAAUUGUAGUGUUCAUAUGCGUGAAUCUCACAAGAAUAGGCGCAGCGAGAAGUUGUGUCGGCAGUGCCGCAAGUACAUCGACACGGACAUCAUCUCGAUGGAAAAGCACAAGAAAGAAUGCAGGGUGCGUAGCCUCAGCUGCAAGGAGUGUAACAAGAUGUUCCGGUACGAGUCAUCGCUCAAGGUGCACAUGGCGACGCACUUUCCGGACCUGCCGAAACGGUUCCACUGCCCAGAAUGUGGAUAUCAAUCCAAUUACAAAGCUAAUCUGCAGAAACACAUGAAGAGUAUCCAUGAGUAUCGUGAGAAGAAUGUUAAGUGUUGCAUCUGUGAGAAGAUGUUCUUCUCGGAGGACAGCAUGAAACGGCAUUUAAAGGUCCAUUCCGAUGACAGGCCAUACAAGUGUGACCUGUGCGGAAAGGCAUUUAAGACCUCGCCUGCCCUGAAGAGCCACCGGGACGUGCACGAGCCGUCGCGACCUUUUCUCUGUGAGGUAGAAGGCUGCACAAAAGAUUUCCGGACUGCACGUCUUCUCAAAAAUCACCGUGAGGAGUACCAUCAGCUUUCUCCCAAGAAGUAUCACUGCUCUCAGGAAGGAUGCACUUUUUCAUUCUUCAAGCGAAGUCAUCUGCGGCGCCAUGAGAUUACACACACAGAUGAACGGAACUUCAAGUGUGCAUGGCCAGACUGUGGCAAGGCAUUCCGGCACUCGGACAACCUUAAAGUGCAUUAUUUACAGCACACAAAUGAGAAGCCUGUUAAAUGUAACCUCUGCGAUUUCACAUGCCGCCAGAAGAGUUCACUCCACUGGCAUAAGCGGAAAAGGCACACUGAGACUCAGCCUCCAGUCGAACUGAUCGAAGUGAAAAAAGAGGUUGUGUUGCCACCACUACUGCCAGCAGCAGCCGCCACAGCAGCAGCAACAACACCACCACCACCACCAACACCUCCAACCACAGUUGCCAACUUAGAGGCAGCACUUGCAGAAAAACCAGAAGUCACAAAAAAUAAAAUCAUUGAUGAUCUGCAAAAUAAACUUCAAGCCAGUAUUGACCUCUAUGAGUUCCAAUCUGAUGAUGACAGCAUGUCCAAUGUCCUGGACUUGUUUUAUAAGAGGUCAGACCGAGGAAGUAACAAAUCUACUGGACCCAAUAGUGUAGAUACUUCCUCAAAUGAUACGUCUCUACCCGAAACAGCUUUAUCAGCUUCUAGAUGCUCCCCCCAUACACCCAUGACGGAGACUUCUCUUGAUGAGAAGCCAAUACUUCUCCCUGUAGAACCUAAUUCCAAAAAGCUGACAAAAGCUGCAACCUCAAAACCGCUGAAAUCCUUCUCUGCUGCAAUUUCUCCUACCAGUAUGACGUCAAUACUAGCUGAUGAUUGUUCACCUGUUAGUGAUGACACCUCUACUGCUGCCGUUGAUGACGUACCUGCUGACAAUUCUUCAACUGCUGUGAAAAAAAGACAAUCAAAGAAAUUAAAGAGCUCUGAGGCAGGUUCAAAAUUAACGACCCUGAAAAAGAAAAGAAAAGUUGUUGUGAAGUCAGAAUCUUUGGCUUUGUCAACUUCUUUUGAUAUCAAGUUAGAACCAAGUUCUCUGGGUGUUGCUGAUACUGGAGACAAAACAGCAAAAGCCAUUGAGACUGAUUCUGGAGAAAUGUCAACUAGUACAGCACUUGAAGAUCCUCAAAACAAAGAACUUUUGGUAAAUGUGGGUGAAGAUAGUGAUAUCCUUAACCCUAUCAACCAUGAUGAUACAAAAGGUGAGGAUGUCUCAUGUUUACCAUCAUCUCUUCCUCCCUCGCCUUCUCCAGCCACAGCCCCAAAUGUUGCAUCAUCCUUAUCACCCGUAUCUACAUUAUCUCCAGAAACCAAACCAGAGAUUUCAUGUAUAACUGAAGCUUUAAAUCCUGAACCAAAAACAACCCACAAAGAUUGCUUUACUACUACUACUACAACAACUACUACUACUACUACUGCUGUGUCUUCUCCUAUUUUCACAACCACCACCACCACAACUACUACUGGUAUGCUUGCUUCUACUAUUGCCACAACUAAUGUAACAACUGCUACCCCCACUCCUGCAUUGGGUACACAGCUGUCAGUGACAAGACAGGAGCCAUCACAGUAUAAUACUUCCCUCUCAUUCAUGGCAUCAUCCUCCUCCUCUUCCUCGACUGGCUCAACAUCUGCAUCUUCUGACUCUGCCUCCGAUUCAGAAGCUGAUGAGCCUUCUGAGUUGCUGCAGCCAGUGACAUGUCAUCCAGAAUCCUCACGACCUCCAACACCUCACAUAGCAACGGUACCCUCAUCAACACCAUCUUCAUCACCUAUACCAAUGUCUACACCAACCCCACCCCAACAUUUUCAGCCCCCACAACCCUCAGUUCCUCCACCUCCACUGCCCCCUGUUCUUCAGCAGCCAGGAAUUAUGGAAUCUGAGGAAGAGGAGGAGGAAGAUGAUGAUGACAGUGAUUCCUGCGAACCUGGGCAGCUUGAAAUGGAUUUGGGACGGCCAGAGUCAGAUAGUGGCUCAGAGCGUGACACCUCAGAAGAUGAAGCAGCAGAAGCUGACAACUCAAUCCGUGUUAACUCAGCCAGACAGGUUGAAACAACUACAACACGAUUACUUGAAGAGAAACCAGAGACGACAUGA